AUGGAGCCAAGGAACCAAACCAGCACAUCUGAAUUCAUCCUCCUAGGACUUUCAGAAAAGUCAGACCAAGAGACUCUCCUUUUUGCUCUCUUCCUCUGCAUGUAUGUGAUCACGGCUGUGGGAAACCUGUUGAUCAUCUUGGCCAUCAGCUCUGACUCCCACCUUCACACUCCCAUGUACUUCUUCCUGGCCAAUCUCUCCUUAGUUGAUUUCUGCUUGGCCACCAACACUGUUCCCAAGAUGCUGGUGAACAUCCAAACUAGGAGCAAGUCCAUCUCCUAUCCUUGCUGCCUGACCCAGAUGUACUUUUUCCACUUCUUUGGCAUCAUGGACAGUGUUUUAAUUGCUGUGAUGGCCUAUGACCGGUUCGUGGCCAUAUGUCACCCUUUGCACUAUACCAGCAUCAUGAGCCCACGCCUCUGUGGCUUGCUGGCUGCUGGUCCAUGGAUGUUUUCCUGCUUUAUCUCCCUCACACACAUCCUUUUGAUGGCCCGCCUGGUUUUUUGUGGCAACAAUGAGAUUCCUCACUACUUCUGUGACCUUACUCCCCUUCUUCGGCUUUCUUGCACUGACACCAUGGUAAACAAGAUUUUUGUGCUCAUUGUAGCAGGGAUGGUGAUAGCCACACCCUUCAUCUGCAUCCUGGCCUCCUAUACUCGCAUCAUUGUGGCCAUAAUGAAGGUCCCCUCUGCAAACGGCAGGAAGAAAGCCUUUUCCACCUGCAGCUCCCACCUCUCUGUGGUAGCUCUCUUCUACGGGACCACCAUUGGGGUCUAUCUGUGUCCUUCAUCUGUCCGCACAGCCAUAAAGGAGAAGGCAUCUGCUGUAAUGUACACUGUGGUCACCCCCAUGUUAAACCCUUUUAUCUAUAGCCUGAGGAACAGGGACCUGAAGGCAGCCCUGAGGAAGCUAGUCAACAGAAAAAUCAGCUCAUCUUCCUGA